CUGAUUGAGGGCACAUAAUCCGUAACAUAUUAUCAACAUGUUCACCUAACAAGAUAAUUAAAUGUGAUCAACAAAGGAUAUUUCUUUAAAUAAUAUAAUUAAUAAAAGUUCAGGAGAAAAACUACUAUUCCCGAUACCACAAGUAAAUGAAAAUUUUAAAUGGAUGACUUAUGAUGAAGCAAAAAAUGAAUAUGAUCAUAUGAUACUGCCAAGAAGUGCAGAUGUUUUAGUUAAAUUUUAUCUUUUUACAAGUAAUAAUCCAUCUGAUGGUGAAUUAAUUUAUAUGGGAGAUAAAGAUCAAUUUAGAAAUUCUAAUUUUAAUCCAAAUCAUCCCACAAGAUUUAUUAUUCAUGGGUGGAUGAGUAGUGUUAACUCAACAAUGAAUAUACUUAUACGUGAUGCUUACUUAAAACAUGGAAAACAUAAUAUUAUUGUUAUUGAUUGGAGUUCAGCUGCAAUAAAUUUAAAUUAUGUAGCAGCACGUUUUAAAGUUGAAAAUGUUGGAAAACAAGUUGCCGAAUUAAUAGAUUUUCUUAAUAAUUAUGCAAAAUUAUCAUUUAAUGAUAUACAUUUAAUUGGACAUAGUUUAGGUGCACAUGUUUGUGGUUUUAUUGGAAAAAAUGUUAAAAAUGGUAGAAUACCAAUUAUUUUUGGUUUAGAUCCAGCAUUACCAUUAUUUCAAUAUAUUGAAAAAAAUAAACGUUUAUCAAAUGAUGAUGCAUUUUAUGUAGAAACAAUUCAUACAAAUGGUGGUUUUCUUGGUUUUAUGGAUCCAAUUGGAAUAUCAUCAUUUUAUCCAAAUUAUGGUAGUCAACAGCCUGGUUGCGGUUUAGAUUUAGGUAGAAAAUGUUCACAUGAACGUUCAUUUGAAUUAUUUGCUGAUGCUAUUGAAAAUGAUUAUUUUAUACCACGUCAAUGUAAUACAUUUGAUGAUUUAGUUAAUCAAAAUUGUAAUAAUAUAAUUAGUAAAGAUAUUAAAAUGGGUUCAUAUUUAAAUGCAUUUAGAAAUGCUAAAGGAAUAUUUUAUUUACCAACUAGUUCAAGUAAACCAUUUAGAAGAUAA